ACGUGAAUGCGCUAAUUUUACUACGUAUUUUGUCCAAGUUAACGCUAUUUAUAAUGUUUCGGACCAUUAGUUACGCUAUUGGCUUUAUAUAUUAAUCCAAUCGCCCACUAACAUUUAUUCUCAUGGUUACUACUGUCUCUUAUUCGAUAAUGUUGAUGUUUUCAUGAGCCUCUACAAAUCUAAGUAACAACUUGCUAAGUCACUUAGCAGUCUAGUAUCGCAAGCACGAACAUGAAACAUUAGUCGAUGCAGUCUACUAAAAAUUCUAUACGUUUAAAUUAGCUUAGUAACAACUUGCUCAAUGCUGACGAUGGUUUGUAAUGAUAUUAUAGAUGCGGGUUAGUAGCCAUGCUCCCACUAAUUAUAAAUCAUAUUCUCAAUGGUAUACCUAAUUUAGCAAUAAAUUUAUGCAAGAAUAUAUUAUUAGUAAUACGCAAAACAUUUGAAUCUGUUAUUUUUUGACACAAGUAGCAAAAAACUUCUUAUCUGAAAUCACUAGGACGUAUUUGAAUCUAUAUGGAUCUGUUUGAGUGAUUGCAAUUAAAGUCGUUUUAGUGAGAAAUCAAACCUAAAAACGAAGGCAAAUAACGAGUAGAUGUUCUAUUUUAGAAGGUAUAUCCUAAGGUGACUAAUUUAUUAAAGGUUGAAUAGACAUAACUGUUGUAUUGAGGUCAUUACAUGCGAUAUAGAUGCCUCCAUUAUUCAGUUAUCAAUUAGUUCUUAAAGACAAGGCAUAUCGAUUAUGUUUCAAUUACAAUUUAAAUGCAGGUAGAUGAAUAUGAAACUCCGCCUGUAGCUCUUCUAGCGCUACUACCGGUCCCAAGCACGGGUAAAUUAGGAGGGUCGGCAAACCCAAGCGAUUCGCAAAUCUGAUACGAUUGAUGAUUGGUGGUGUAGAAGUAGGUUAGAAGAAAACCAAGGUGGUCAAACUAAAACACGUAGCCAGUGCAUGCAGUGGCUGAUCAUUGAACUGAUCCAUGUUAACAGGUGUAGAUUACCUAGUUGAAGUUCGGACAAUCAAUUAUAUUUAUUAAGGGUUAAAGACUUUAGAUGACAUGGAUCAAAAUCUUUUGCUAUGGCACAUGUGCAUUCACCUUUUUCUCCUCAAAGGUCCUAACUUUGUAAAUUCCUCCAAAAAACGUGUUUCACUAGUUUGUAUUUUUCCAAUCAUAUUUUUGAUGCUCAGUCUUUUCCAUUAAUAGGAGUACUGUUACUGCCUCUAUUAUUCUGGGAUUUGCUCUGACGAUUUUAUCUUUCUGUCUUAAUGGGGAAUGGGAACUUAAACCAAUGUACUACGUCCUACGCUGUGUAUUUGUAACUGGCUGAUACUCUCUUUCUCUUCUUGUUUACUUAUUUCAGGUUGAGUCUCAAUUUCCUCUUUGACUAUUGAAGAAGAAAAGCACAGGACUUUGUGAAGGGCAAAAUACGAAAUCAUGCGGUGAGAUAUUUUCAUAGUUUAUUCAUUCAUUCAUCCAGAUAUUCAAAAUAUGAAUUCAAAUUCCUCGUUUUUGUAUGGUUAUCUCUAUUGCCAGUUUUGAUGUUUUGUAUAAGAGAUUACUUCAGAAAGAAGACAUUCUCGAAAACGGAAUUAUGCCGUGAAGGUCUGGUCGAUAACAUAGCAGUUACUAGUGAAGGAGUGGAUUGGAUCACAGAUGAGAUUUCUCAUCCUAGAUUAUUUGACCUCAGUGAAAGUGUCUUAAUCAAGGAGGAUCAGAUAAGAAAUGUAGAUCGGAUCGGUAUUUCUCAUGAGACACUUAGGCGUCGUGCUUUGAAUUACGUUCAUGAAGCACGAUACACUUUGAACAAUUUACGCAACAUUUUUACCCAAUUAAAAAAAGUUAAUCAAAAGGAAUUGGACACUGAAACAACUUCAUCGAUACAAACAUCAUUAAUUCACUAUCAACAGGAUAUGGAGGGAACUAUUUCACACUUGCAAACUAUACUUAACAAACUAGGUGAAUUAGAUGCAUUUUCACAAAUCAGAGCGAAUGGCUUAAAUAAGCUUUCACAGCGAUUACAGGAGAAGAUUCAAAAACAACAGAAUCCGUCAGAUUGUAAAAAGGCCAAAUAUGUAACAUUAGACUUCACUAAUAUAUGUGGAUUGGGUUGUCGCAUUCAUCAACUCAUGUACUGCUUACAAUUGGCUCUUGAAAAUGAGCGUGUUUUUGUAUUAAAGAAACAUCAUUCUGGAGACCCAUUUCGAGAAUGGCUUCAUCAGAGCAUGUUACCACUUUCUGACAAAUGCAGUUACUUGGACUCAGAUAAUAGAUCAGAUAACAUCGAAUGUCCUUAUAUUCAAAAUGCUUUCACCAAUCAUAAAUGGUUGCCAGAUGUUCUCCCGAAUGAUAUGAGUGAAGAAUUAUUGCGUUUACAUGAGGCACCCUUUGUUUGGUUUGGUGGUCAACUAGCAGCCUACAUUAUGCGUCUAAAGCCACAACUUGCACAAUUAAUCAAUGUAACCUUGAGGAGCUUUGAAACCAUUGGUGAUCCUGUUGUUGGCGUGCAUAUCAGGCGUACCGAUAAGUUAGUAUUGGAGGCUAAGUUUCAUGACUUAUCCGAGUACAUGGAACACGUGGAUAAUUUCUUUGAUUUACAAAGUGUUAAUCUCUUGACUAUGUCAAAGAGACAUGACAUGAAUGUGGAGACAUUUGGAUCAGUUUCUAAAAGAAUCAUUGGAAGAGAAAAUCCUGUUCAGGCUAAGCAAAGUGUUUACUUGUCGACAGAUGAUCCGAAUGUUUUUACUCAACUGACAUACAGUUAUCCAAACUACACUGUUUAUGGUAGUCAAAGUAGAUCGCAGUCAGCUAAUAUGAGUACGCGGAUGUCAGUUAGUUCAUUGAAUAAUGCAAUCAUUGACAUCAUUGCACUUUCAAUGACGGAUUUCCUUGUGUGUACAUUUUCAUCGAAUAUCUGUCGUUUAGCCUAUGAGUUAAUGCAAACACGUCAUGUGGAUUUGGGUGAUGCAACACAAUUAAUUCAUUCAAUCGAUAUGUUAUUCCAUGAAGAGGAUUACAGAAGAAUGAAAUUUGAUGUGAUCAUUCCAGAUAUGAAGGUAAAUUUGAAGUAUGGUGAUGUAGUGGAAAUUUCCAAAACUUACUGGAACGGUUCAGCGUUAGUCAAAAUAGAGCAAAACAAAUUCGUUGCACCUGCUUACAAGUUUAGACCGAAAAUAAACAUGACUGGAUUCAACUAACGAAGUGAGAUUGUUUCAACAGACUACAUAUCAACUUUGAUUCAGUUUUACACUGCCAUUUUUAUUCAGCUUAGGUUUUGGUGUCUAACAUUAUCCUGCUCAAUAUUUUAUGCACAGCUAAUAACUUAUAUUCACAUUCUUAUAAAUCUGUCGACUUUCACUGAUGUAUGUUUUAGUUAAUUCUUUACUGAAAUUGUACGGUACUACCGAAUAGACGUGACUCAUGAAACAACAUUGACAAAUUAAAGUCGGUUAUUGACAAAACGAA